AUGGAUUUGGCCUCUAUAUCUCAUAUAUACAAAUAUAUUAACCUUUUAUUGUUAUUUUGGACUAUAAUUACAAUAAGUGGUAUCAAGUACCACGGAAAAUGUGGAUCCGUUUUGCAGGAUGAUCAUAUUUUGACAAACUACUCAACAAGGGGUCAUUUACGCGAUGUUUUCCCCGAAAUUUCAGACAGAGCAUCGAGAAUCACGGUAAUUUCUGAAGAAAAUGUAAAUAAUCCGGGGACAAGUGACACUAGUCACUUUAUGUGUAAUAUAGACAAGGGUCGUUUUGCAUUCCUGCCUAGUUCUACAAGCAAGAAUAUCAGAGCUCACAAUUAUAUCGCAUAUUCACCACAGAAAAAAUGGCAUUUAAACUAUCCAGGAGGUGAAAUUAGUAUAAACAGGGUCGAUUUAAUACCAUACGCUAGCAACUAUGAAGGAAUACUUCCUAUAUACAACAUUCACGCAAUAAUUGGACAUUUCACAUUACUGGCAGGAAACAGAAUUAUAGAUGAUUCCGAUACUUUAUUACGGCGCAAGAAUUUUAAAUCUAUUACAACUAAACCGGUAACUUAUCCAGCUUCAGAUAUAACGGUCGGAUUAGUUAAAGUAUUGCGUUCUCACAAGGUCAUAACUGUAAAGUCUUUUUUUGAAGCGCAGUUUGGGAUUAAUGCAGUUACUGAUAAGAAAUAUGCAGAUUAUACAGCUACAGUUUCGAAGAUAUUGUUUGAUGAGUUAUCAUCCAGUGGAUACGACGAUUUAUCAAGUCUAUUUUACCAUAAAUUUAAAACAAUGGACAACGCAGCAUUAUCUAGAGGAUAUAGGAUAUUAUUCUUGGAGCACAUUAAAAAUGGUGAAAACCAAAAACUGUUGAAAACAUUUGUUGACAUUUUCCACGAUCCGUUUUUGGCAGAUGUGUAUGUUCACGAAGCAGCAAGUAGUGUUCUGAGAAGAACAUAUAUUGACGGAUGGAUUUUAUCUCUUAUAUUCUUAUCCACUUUAAAGUAUCUAGGGGUUGAAUUUUUAAAGAGAACACUGGUUUUCCAAAAUUUCAAGGAAAACUUUUGUUCCGGAAACACUUCAGAACAUCUCAGCCAAAAUCCUACCAUGUCAUUAAGUUAUGAGGUCAAGUCAUCCGAGGCAGCAAAAAGGGAGUCCCUAAGAAAGAUUUACGAUAAUACACUUAUCUCUUGUUUCGAUAGUAGGCAUUUUAAAUUCUUUAUUUCCUUGUACUGCGACAAAUUAUCAACAACAAAUUCAAUGGACACAUUAGCUGAUAAAAAAUAUAAAUGUAAUUUCGAUUCUACGUUUAUUCCCUUGGAUCUGGUGCCUAAUGUAAAUGGUAAACAUACAUUUGAAGACCUACUGGACAGGUCACUUUGCAUGUCUAAGAAGCUAAGCCUUACACAUAUUAGUGAGUUUGUGAGAGAGGAUAUGAGUAAAAUACCAAAGAGAAGUCUUAGAAAUAUGGACGACAUUAGUUGGAUAUCAUUUUUAAUGUUAAGACACAGUUUACACAAUAUUUUUUUAUCCCUUGAAAUUCCCAUCAUUGGUAAUCCCAGCGCCUCAUGUACUGGGGAAAACAGCCGUAAAUUAAGCGAUUUACUCGAUAGUUUGUCUAAUUUGACAGGAGUUAAUCAAGAGUUAAAAGAAUAUUACCAUAUUCUCUCUACUAGGGUUUUCUUUAAAAGGAAAAAAGGUGAUAAAGUUUGUUCUGUGGGAGACUUUAUGGCUCGCCUUAAUGAUUUAUCCACUGUAUCGGAAGAUGAUAUAAGAGAAAUUGACAGGUUCAUCAAUGCACCUUUGCACUUGACAUUUUUUGGCAAUCCAAUUAGUAGUACAGUUACGAAGAAAGAUGAUUUAGGCGACACAAUCCACAAAAUUAGAGAUUGUGUAAAGAACAAAAAGUUUGAUGUUCAUGAUAUAUAUAUUUUUAUGAGGGCUCUUCUUGAUAAAAAUAUGUCCGGAUCCGCUGCUGCUAGCAUGCUCUUUAUUUUAAUUCCAAAUUUGACCUUUUUAACGUGGACUCAUUUUCAUUUGUUCGUAUGCGCCUUUGAACACGAUAUAGAGACAAAUAAUGCAGAUUCUCUAAGUGAGGUGUUGGAUCUGAUGAUAAAGAUGGGUUGUAGACCGGAGCCCGUAAUGUAUGCACGGUUCUUCAACUUGUGUAAUAUCACAAAAAAGGUUUGUUUUCCUACAAGUCAAUAUUUUUCGCAGCGAAAAUUAAUUUGGAACCAUUUUCACAACUUUGUAAGACAAGAUUAUAGAAUAUAUCCCGAAGUUUUUACUAAAUAUGGAAUCAGGAACAUGCGCAGAGUAUCACUUGACAUGUAUAAUAGUUUAUUUGAAGCAGCGGCUUCUUCUGGAAUGUACAGAGAGGGCUUGAUUGCAUUUAAGAAACUCUUAGAGGAUUUGGAAGGACUCUAUCAACUCAUUCCGUUUAGUUCAUGGAACUUUAUUACUAGAAUAUUGAAUGGAUCGCAAGUGGAUUCUAGGCUCAUAUCGAUAGUAUACCAAUGUACGCAAUCGUCAGUAAACGUAUCCUUUGAUAAUUCUACGCAUCUUCCCGCUCAUAUACCAACACGGAAGUCCGUGUUAGCAGGGGAAAUAAUUUCAAUGUUGGAUAAACAUUUGAAUAAAUUGUAA